AGAUCAGAUCAUCUUCCUGGUGUUUUUCUCCGGAGGGUCUAGCGUGGUGCUGAACCCCUCUUGGGGCUGCAGGAAAGUCUCCAUGCCUGUGUGUGCUGUAGCCUGGGCGGAACAAACGGCAAAGUCCACCUACCACAGUGGCUCUUCGUCCUUCUACUCCCCUCUGAGUCGUCACCUCCUCCUGCUCUGUGCCGUCAUAAUGGAGCACUUACAUAUUACUACGUCCUCUUUGGGGACAUGUCUGUUACCCCUACUGGACUCAGUACUUUAAGGAAAGCACCUGUGUCUAAUUUCUCUGUGUAUCCCCACCAAGCCUCGUGGAAGUAGAUGCUCAGUACAUUUGCUCAGAGAGUAAACGUUCAGUCUCGCAGAACCUAGUGCGUGAGUGAAGUCACCCAGGAUGGCUCAGGGAUCCGGGGAUCAAAGAGCGGUGGGGAUUGCAGACCCAGAGGAGAGUUCUCCCAACAUGAUAGUCUACUGCAAAAUUGAAGACAUCAUUACAAAGAUGCAAGAUGACAAGACGGGGGGUGUGCCCAUCAGAACAGUCAAGAGCUUCCUCUCCAAAAUCCCCAGUGUUGUCACAGGUACUGACAUUGUGCAGUGGCUUAUGAAGAACCUUUCCAUCGAAGACCCAGUUGAAGCAAUACACUUGGGAAGCCUCAUAGCUGCCCAGGGCUACAUCUUUCCAAUCUCAGACCACGUCCUCACCAUGAAGGAUGACGGCACCUUUUAUCGUUUCCAGGCUCCUUAUUUCUGGCCUUCAAACUGCUGGGAACCUGAAAACACUGACUAUGCCAUCUAUCUCUGCAAGAGGACGAUGCAGAACAAAGCGAGGCUGGAGCUGGCAGACUAUGAGGCCGAAAACUUAGCGCGACUGCAGAGGGCCUUUGCGAGGAAGUGGGAAUUCAUCUUUAUGCAAGCAGAAGCACAAGUAAAGAUUGAUCGCAAAAAGGACAAGACAGAAAGGAAAAUCUUAGAUAGUCAAGAACGGGCCUUUUGGGACGUCCACAGGCCAGUGCCAGGCUGUGUGAACACAACAGAAAUGGAUAUCAGAAAAUGUCGACGUUUGAAGAAUCCGCAAAAGGUUAAAAAGUCGGUGUACGGUGUGACUGAGGAGUCCCAGUCUCAGAGCCCCGUGCACGUCCUCAGCCAGCCCAUCAGGAAGACCACGAAAGAGGACAUCCGGAAACAGAUUACAUUUUUGAAUGCACAGAUUGACAGACAUUGUUUGAAAAUGUCCAAAGUGGCUGAAAGGUGCUGGCCACGUAAACAGGGGGGCCUGGAUCAUGGGGAGGCGUUUUGCCUCCACGCGCCACCGGCCGCUGAGCUGCAUCGAAUCAACUGGAAAGAAAACACUUGGCCCCUCCAGCCUGGCUUCCGCAGCGGCGUUUGUGCUACAGUCUGCGCCAACAGCUAGUUCCACUCUGUUAACUCACGAGAGACUCAAUUUUAUUAACGAAAUGGUCUGUUUUUAACUCUUCAGUGAAGAAGGGAGACCACCUGGGGAAUCUGUACAGAAUAAAUCUAAUCAGACAUCCCAGGACUGAACAUUUAUUCAUCCAUCCGCCACCAUUACAGCGAUGACCAAUUUCUGCAGGAAUCAAGGGCUUACAUCGGGUCUUAGUAUUUAUUGGACGUCAGAUAAACUGAGUUUUUAAGCCCGGCUCACGCAGGGAGCUGGCUGCGGGAUCAACCUGGAAGCCUUUCUCUGUCAGCCCCCGUGUCAGCCACCUCACCUUCUAGAUAAAUAACAACAAAUGGAAGCUACAAACACUUCAGCCCCAAACAAAGAGCUUGAAUUAACACUCUGCCUUCAGGAGGUUAAGGGCGUCCCUGGAUUUGGACUCAUGUCUUUGGUGGCAUCUUGCAUCUGUUCCAGGGUUUCUCCAUAGUGGCACAGUUGACAUUCUGGGCCAGAUAAUUCCUUGUUGUGCUCUUCGUGUCCUGCGCAUUGUAGGAUAUUUAGCAGCAUCCCUGACCUCUCCCCCUAGAGGCCAACGGUGCCCCCUCGCACCUUCCUAACUGCUCAGCACCACAGCUGUAACAACCAAAAAUGUCUCCAGACACGGCCAAAUGUCCCCUGGGUGUGGUCAAAAUCACCCCCAUUGAGAAUCGCUGCCAGUCCUAUUGUCCCUGAUGCAAGUGCUGCAGAAAGCUGCGGUGGCCGGGGCUCAGUGCACCCUCAGAUCCCGAUCAUUCUGGGGUCGCACUUGCAGCCCACUGCAGGCUGCCGGGCCACCUCACGCCUCCACGUCAUAAUGUGGGGCUCCUGGCCAGAGUACCAGGCCCUGAAAAUGCCAUUUAGGUCUCUUUGCUCAAAAAAAAU